UUUGCGUUGUAAACUGCCUCAACUAGAUGGCGCACUAAAACAUUAGACUUUUGUACAUGUUUGAAGCACAAGAGUCAGACUGGGCUUAUCUCUCUAUUUGAGUAGGCCCUGCUGCGCUAGCUGCGGCGGUCUGCUGCAUUUUGCAGCCGAGGUGGCCGUGUUGGUAAAGUGGUACAAAGUGGCCGCCGUUUUUUCACAUGGCCUGGCCAUGAAUGGCGCGCCGUAUUGGUAGUUUACGCGGUUCUGCAGAUACCGAGGCAUACGGGCGUUUCACUCAAUUGGACGAUUUUGUUCGCUCUCUAGAAAACGUGAUCCACACCGCCUGUCACUCGCAAGGCGCAUCACAUCGCCGGUAGAAAGACGAAAAAAGAGGGACUUGUCUAGGCUUCCCGAAAGGCUCGCUCCACUUGUGUCUCGCGAUCUUUGUGUCGGCCCAGUCAACUGAGGACAUCAUUCUCUUCAGGCCCCACCGCCAAGCUGCUGAGCGGUGCAGUGCCAGACAGCCAUGUCGUCAACCAAGUCGUGCGCAAACUGCGGCUGCAGCGAGAUCGACACCGAUCCAGCCCGCGGUGAUGCCGUCUGCACAGGUUGUGGCUCUGUGCUGGAGAACAACAUCAUCGUCUCGGAGAUUCAGUUCGAAGAGAAUGCCCAUGGCGGCUCACGAGCUAUCGGCCAGCUCAUCAGUAUGGAUGGGGGGCCGAGCCACAAUAUGGCCGGAUUCCACCAUGGGACGGGAAAGGAGUCCAGGGAGCUGACGCUCAUCAAAGCACGAAAGAAGAUUGUCCAGGUCGCAGAGCGCUUGCGCCUCAACCAGCACUGCAUUGAGAUGGCCUUCAACUUCUACAAGAUGGCCCUGGCGCGGCACCUGACGCGAGGCCGGCGAAGCUCCCAUGUGAUUGCAGCGUGCGUCUACAUGGUCUGUCGCAUUGAGAACUCGUCCCACAUGCUCCUCGACCUGAGCGAUGUCGUCCAAGUCAACGUCUACGAACUGGGCAAGACAUUUCUGAAGCUGUCGGCGGCGCUCUGCAUCAACAUUCCAGCAAUAGACCCAUGCCUGUACAUUACUCGUUUCGCCCACCACUUGGAGUUCGGAGACAAGACGCACGAGGUGUCAAUGACGGCACUGCGCAUGGUGCAGCGCAUGAAGCGGGACUGGAUGCACACGGGCCGUCGGCCGUCGGGACUGUGCGGUGCUGCGCUCCUCGUCGCUUCCCGGUUGCACGACUUCAACCGCACCAUUCGCGACCUGGUGCGCAUCGUCAAGGUGUGCGAGACCACCAUUCGCAAAAGGUUAACUGAGUUUGGAGAGACACCAUCAAGCAAGCUGACCCUCGACGAGUUCAUGACGAUCGACCUAGAAGAAGAGCAAGACCCUCCCUGCUUCAAGGCGGCACGCAAGAAGCAGAAGCAGAUAUUGGAGGAACAGGGCCGCCUUGAGAAGGUGUCCGAGGAGAUCUCCCAGCUGCAAAAGAAGAUUGAGGCUGAGCUGGAGGACCGGCGGCGAAAGGUUCGCGGUCGUUUUGCAUCGCAUGCCAGAGAGCGGUUGAGCGAAGAAGAAGAAAACCGAAUAUCGAAUGAGUUCAUCGUGGGAAACACCAUGGAGACCAUCAGUGCAUGCCUGAACGAUUCCCAGCAGAGCAACGAGGACUCUGCCGCAUCGGGAUCGGCCGUCGAGAACUCGCUCACCGAGCGGUUAGCGCUACGGCAAGAGCCCGACGACUCUGACCCGGAUGAAGUCGAGUGCGUUGACAAAGAGAAGCCCAGGGAGCAGAGCGGUAUCGUCACCUCUUUACGACCGACCGCCGCCACCUUGGGGCUGAAGGAAAGCAUUGAGGAGUGCAUGCGGGUCAGAGACUGUGUUGAAACGACAGCAGAAUCCGGUGUCCUGGACUUAGAAGGAUUGGAUGACGAGGAACUUGAUGCGUACAUCAUGACAGACGCUGAGGUUCGACUCAAGACCAAGUUCUGGAUGGAAACUCAUGCAGAGUAUCUCAAGGAGAUGGAAGAGAAGGAAGCACGGAAAGCAUUGGAAGCAGAAGAGAACGCCAACAAGCCAGAGACCAAAAAGCGCAAGCGCAGAAAGAGGGCACCUAUCCAAGCCAACACCGCAGGCGAAGCGAUUGAGAAGAUGCUCCAGGAGAAGCGCAUCUCCAACAAGAUCAACUACGACGUCCUCAAGAGCCUCAACAGCGACAUGGGCUUCCCCUCCAGCGAACCGCAGCAGCAGAACACCCAGCAGCAGCCAUCGGCCAGUGAGGCAGACAAAAGCGAAACACAGUCGGUCGUCUCUGAGCCGUCAAAGAAGAAAAGUCGCAGAGAGAAGCCGAUCUCGGAUAGUGCGUUCAGUGCAUUGAUGUCAACGGUCAAGUCAAUUGCUAUGAGUCAACAGAAGGCUAACGCUGAUGUCAUCUCUGAUGAUGAGGACCUUGGAGAUCCAGUUCCACAGCCUGCUGCUGUCGAUGACGUGACUGCCAUGAAAGAACUAGAAGAAGAGCUCGAGUUCCAAGACGAAGAAGAGGAGGAGGAGGAAGAAGAGGAGGAGGAUGACAAGGAGUACCACCUGAGUGCAGCCCAGCUUUUGAACCAGCACAGAGGAGAAGAACAGGACGAGUUCGGAUAUCACGAGGAGAUCGACGACUACAUGGACUGACGGCACCCGCAGCCGCGUUUUAGGAUUUUCAAAUUCUCGCAUAUCGUGAGCCGUUCAAGCGGCAUUGCCAUCUUCGGUAUAGUAGAUGCGAACCACGGUUAUUGCAACCAAGGCAUGUUCUGCCGCGAGCAGUGUUGUUUUCUGAUCGUGGACUCUCGGCAAAUUCAAGAAUCACUGUGUAUGAAACGUGAAGUGUCAUCAAUGCAUGGACGCGGAACAGGUGUUUGUGGGAGGCACGGUAGUAUAAAACUCGAACCAAAUUGCUGACCUGAAUUCUUGCUGCCCGUGUUGCUUUUGGCUGUAAGUGAAGAGCUGAUUUUCUGAGUCGGGUAGCUCUUUAAAAAAAGUGUGUGGUUGUUUGCUCAUGAAGGCUUUAAUGCAAUUGCUGAUAUGAUUAUGUUUAGCUAUGUCAGAGUGGAUCUUGUAAACAUGCUGGUUACAGUGCUACAUACACGUAAUACAAGCAUAUAGUAUAAUUUCGUUAAUGGUGUUGAAACACGUAAUACAAGCAUAUACAGUAGAAUAAUUUUGUUUGUGGUGUUGGAAACAACUUUUUUUUUUCUGGAGUGUCGUUUUCUUUGAGAAGUUGAAUAUAACAAGGCAAGGUAGCAUUUAUGGAAUACUACUACUGACAACAAUUUUCAGACAUGUUUAUAGGUAUGGGUUUAAGAGGUUCAUUUGGAUGUACGGAAACAUCAUUUUAAAUGGUGUUUACGAGAUAGAAAGAGAAACCGACACCCUCCAUGACGCUCUUUCAUUGUUGAUGGGUUUUUUUUUCUCACAUAACAUUCCGUGCAUGAUAAUCACUUCUGUCAAGUAUUGCUAUGUUGCUCCUACAAAUGCAUUUGAUGCACUCUGUGCUAUUAUUGAAAUGCCAGUUAAGCCAGUUGAAAUAGAUUGGAGCGAACGAGAUUUUCACGCAGGACUUGCAUAAAAUGUGUUUCUGACCGACACUGACGUUGGCCAGCAUCGGCACUUCUGUUUCUGGCUACGCAAUGACUUUUCUCUAACCUGCGCUGGGACCUGUCAACUUGCGUGUCGCGUCUGAGCACUGACGCGGUACACAUUUCAGCUGGGAUAACGACGUGGCUAUAGCAUAGUGCAGGAUCAACGAGCCGUGCAAUGUUGUGCCGAAAAUACAUUGUAAAUGUGUUCCUUGUGACAAACCUCCUUAGCGGGGUGUUUCCAUAGUAACUUAGUGCUUUUUUCUAAUGGUUAUGGCUUGUUGCAAACAUGAAUUCGUUGAUAGUCCAUGUAUACUAAUUUUAUUCUGCAUCUAGUGUCAAGCAGAGAGCCUACCCGCAGCCUUGUGAGACACCACCCCACGGCAUUUAUUUGCUUUAGUUUCGUCAUGUGACCUGGCUGGUUACACUUCUGCCACGCGGGCAACAGUCGUCCGAACUGGUGACGCAAAGAGCGUUGCGUUAUCAUUUUUACUAUACAUAGUUUCGACAGUAUGGCAGGAGCGUCGGCAGAGUUCCACAGGACCUUGGCAUUGAGCAUAACUAAAGUUGAUUUUUGUUUAUUCUGUCUAAGAGCUGGCACCAGAACUCUGCAGGACCAUAACAUUUUGUUUAAAUAAUCUUAAAGUUCGAAUUAGAUGAUAUAUGUUAAGCUGGGGGGCUCCUUUUUGUAGCCAUUUAGCGCAGUCGAAUUGGUAGGCGCCAGAUGGAUUGAGGUUGAGUUUAUAGAAUACCGAUGGCUAUGCAUGCUGUGUCUGCCAUGCUUCUCCUGAAACCUGUUUUGUACUUCCUGAAACGAUUUAUAUUCUCAUGAUUUAUUCUUAGUAAUUUGUAGUGUGUUGUUUUCAUGCAAUUCAACUAACAUUUGUAGCGUGUUCGGGAGUCAUUAUACUUGCAGGUGUUUCUCCCAAUCAGGCCUUUGCAGAGCAAUUGUAAAAGCAUAACACUGUGAUAUUUAAAUCUAGCAGUAUGGUCACCCGGCACUGAGUUAUGCACGUUUCGUAAUGGGAGCCUCACACAAAUGCUUCAUUGUACUUGUGAGCGUCGAUACAGCUAUGGUGGUAGUAUUACUCAGGGCUUCAGUGGCAUGCUGUUAUUAUGUGGCUGUUAUUAUGUAUCAUUAUCUAUUUAUUCCUUUGUUGCUCUUCUAUGUAACUGUAUAUGUUUGUAGGCAAAUAUAUUUUUUUUGUACAGCUUUAUUGUACAUGUGGAACUGGAUAUUUGGGCAUAUUGUCAUCUGUCUGUGUUUUGUAAGCACACAUUGAUUGUAGAUUGUGAGAAAGCAAGUGUUUGAGGUACCACGUUUGUACCAAGCUUAAAUGCCGACACCACUCCCCCCUUAUUUUUCUGUAUAAUACACACGGGAUUCUUAAAGUUAUAGCAUUUUGAAAUCGGAUGCUGUAGUGUCAGUUCUGAAACAUGUUCGCCAAAAGAUGAAUGACUGCUUUGAAUUGUGUGUUGGUGAAUUUGUGUUAAUGUGGUAUAUUUACAGUGCAUCACCAAAAGAAGAUAUGCACUCCAUUUCUAUAUUUGUCCCCCCCUUCCCCUCUUUCACAUGCAGUUCAAAAAGAAACAUUUGGCAGUGUCUGUUCAGUUACGAACUCAUUCAUGUUCAUUCAUGAAAUCGCUCAUGAAUAUAGAAAAGGUCAUGGUUGGGUGCCAAUUAAAGCUGUUAGUUCCCAGACACUUGGUACUCCCUCUCAAAGCUGCAACAGUGCUUCUAGAUCAAUGCAACGGAAUCAAUAUUUCCUUUAUCAAAUAGUUCUUGCUGCUUUACAGCAAUAUACAAAAAGAAAGAGUGCGGGCAGCCCUCAGUUGCUUCAAUGUGAUUAAUUUUGCACAAAUUCACUAAUGACUGUUUUGUGUGCGCAUAGAUGAAUUCUUCACAGAAAAACAAGGAUAUUUGUGUUCACUACUUUAUGUAUGUGUAUAUGCACAUGCAGCUAGUACCGCCUGUAUAGGAGGAAGGGACGUGUUUCUUGAAGAUGAUGCAGUGGAAGUAGUAGUGUAUAUUCUGCUGACAAUGCAUCAUUAACAGUGGUCGCCAUCAGUGUGUAGUGUGAUAACAAGUGAAUAAGUAAUUAACUAGUGAUCACUAAUUGCUUGGGUAAUUAGUUAUAUUAGAGUACAUGUUUAAGCUGUAGAGUUGAAGCUGGUCAGUGUUCGUGGCCAAUCCAUUUAGUAGGAAUCCUGAUAUUAGCACCAGUUUUUCGAGUUAUCCGUCUUCCAAAAUACAUCUUGAAGUACACUGGUGUUUCACUUAGCUUUGCCCUGCAGAGUUGAAGGAAGGCCUUGUGUGAAAAUUUCAAGUGGAAAGUCACUCCAUUUUCCCACAAAUUGGGGGAGAAAUGUUUUGCUGCUGACGCCAGUCUUGGGAUUCUUGUUGAGUAGAUAGACAUGCUUUGAAAACUGACUAGCUUCAGUUGAUCAACUUCAACGUGAGCCCUAAACUGAGCAAGUAAAAAAAAGAUGAUGUGACUAUCCAAUAUUGUUGACUAGGAUACUACUAUAAAAUUACUGUUAUCCGGGCUUGUUGAUGUUUCAACAUAAUAUGGCAAACAGCGCAAACGCAAGAUAAGACUAGAUGAAACGAACAACAUGGUUACCCGCAGAACCUGUAUUGUCUGUUUCUCUAGUCUUAGUCUCGUGUUCGAGCCAGUUGCUAUAUGUGUUAAUUAGGGCCUCGGAAUUAGUGUUUAUCACACAUUUACUGAUGUCUACCACUGUUAAUUAUUAUGUUUAUUAUGUUAACAGUUAUAGAGAGGAACUAUGAUCACUGCACUGUCUUAAAAAUAAAAAAUUGGCUGUUCUGCCUUGAAGCAGCUGGUGUAUGGUAUUAUAUGCCACACUGGAUAUACAGCAUUGCGAUCUAGCUGAGCCUACUGAAACUGUGAUGCUGGUUGAGUGAUGCACGACAACUAGCACUGCGAGUGAGCUUUAAUUGUCAUUGUGUGAAGAGAGUAUAAACAAUUUAUAUAUCCAAAGGUAGCAGCAGUAUGAAUGUAUAAUAUAUGCAUGGUUGAAGCUAUUUUACAGCUUUCAGAUGUGAAAGGAAUAUUGCCGCGCGUGUCUGUUUAUACUUGUGUGCAUGCAAGUGGGCCAUUGGGCGAGUAUUGCGAGAAGGUGAAAAACAAUUUUGUGUGGGUUUCUACAAGCACAAUAAACAGCUUUAUUAGCAUA